AUGUUUGCACCAACGGCGAGAAGACUGUACAGCAAGAUGAGCUACCCAGCGGUGUCGGCACCCUAUAGUAGGGCUGUCGUCAAUGCCAUGCGCAAGCUGUAUCCUGAGGCGUUGGCGGAUAAGAGCUUCGAUAAUACUGGCUUGAUGCUGGAAGCACCAUUCGACCCCCUCCGCCGGCAGAUGAACUCUGUCCUCCUGACCGUCGACCUCACCAAAGCAGUCGCGGACGAGGCCAUUGAGCGCCAAGACUCUAUCGUCAUCGCAUAUCAUCCCAUCAUCUUCAGGGGUCUCAAGAGUUUGACCCUACAGGACACCCAACAACAAAGCCUCCUGCGCCUCGCAGCUGAGGGCAUCAGCGUCUACAGCCCACACACAGCAGUGGACUGCGCUCGAGGAGGCCUGGGCGACUGGCUCGCAGACAUCGUGACAGGCACACCGACCGAUCCCUCUGAGCUCGACGAUGGCAACGUCUCAGCGCAGCAUUCACCUGAGAAAGGACAGACACCCGCCGAGACCUCCAACGAUUCCUCCGAGAAGAGCUCCCUCCUCGCCCCAAAGCGUCCCGUCUACAUGCUGCGACACCACCCCUCCCAACUCGACACCAACGACCGCGCUCUCAAACUCAACUCCGGCGGCCACAAACGCUACCCCAUCACCAAACCCGGCGUCGAAGGCUACCCCGGCGCCGGCAUGGGUCGUAUCAUCCGCUUCGCCGAACCCGUGCCCCUGACCGAGAUCAUCGAUCGCAUUGGCCUCGGCCUCGGAAACCCCAAAGGCUUUCCCAUCGCCGUGCCUCAAGGAAAACAAGCCUCGGACAUGCAAAUCUCCUCGAUCGCGCUCUGCGCAGGCUCCGGCGGAGGACUAUUCUCGCAGGCUGAGAAGAAUGGGGAAGAGGCGGAUCUGUACUUUACUGGGGAGUUGUCACAUCACGAGGCAUUGGCGGCGAUCGAGAAGGGCAAGUGUGUUAUCACGCUGUUUCAUAGUAAUACCGAGAGAGGUUUCCUGCACGGGGUGCUGAAGCAGCAAUUGGAGAGGCAGAUCACAGAGGAGUGGGAGAAGCUGAGAGCGGAGGAGACGGCGAAGGACUGGGGCAGUGAGGAUUUGAAGGAGGCGUUCAAGGAGGCGUUGGAGGAUGGGCAGGUGGAGGUGUUUGUUAGUGAGGUGGACAGGGAUCCUUAUGGGAUCAUGAUCAGUAAGGAUGAGAUCUGA